CUAGACCAAAAUUGGUUAUUCCAUAGCAGGAAAUCAAUACCCGCGCAUCCAAAUACUCUUCAACAUUUGCACAUUCCCGCUUCUAGAGGACUAGAGCUGCAUUCUUCCUGUUUUCUGACUAUUUUAUUCCCAAAUCCGAGUUCUGAAAGCUGAUUUCUUCGAAUUUCAACUUCACUUCCGGCGCCGAUAAUGGGGGAUGCGAAGCGGUGGUGCGUGACGUACACGAAGCACAUCAAGCAGAAGCGCAAAGUCUAUCAAGACGGUUUUCUAGAGCUUCACUCUUCAAGCCACAAGGUUAUUCUGUAUGAUGAUUGCGAGAAGGUUUUGGAUAGUAAGUUUAUGAAGAUAGAAGGAGAUGUUAAAUCAGGCGAAACACUAGCAUUUGAUUCUUACCUUGUCGAUAUUGGUGAUCUACAUGGUGAUAAAAAAUCUAUGGUAGAUGAAAAUUCUGAAGUGAGGGAUAAAAAUAUUGAUAUGAAACCUAGGUCAUUGCACAGCCAUAAAGUCAGGAAUAGCACAGCUAUUGAGGAUAGGAAGCCUAAUUUUGGGGAGAAGAAAGCAUUGCCAAGUUGUCUAAGCCCAUCACAAAAAGUAAUCAAAGAGUUCAAGAAAAGUGAGGUGCGGAAGUAUAGUACUUCCCCUAGUUGUCUUGAUAUGACAAAAUCUUGUGAAGAAGAAUGGCAGGUCUUGUACACCACACAAUUAACUCAAAAGGCUAAGAAAUUCCAUGAUGGGUUUUUACGAGUUUUGGCAAGUGGUUCACAAUGCAAACAGGCCAUGCUCUAUGAUGCAGCCAAAAGACUCUUAGAUAGCAAGUUUUUGAAAAGGAAUGAAAUUAUUAUGUCUGGCGAAUCAAUAACUUUUGAUGGUUUCCUAGUGGAGAUUGGAGAAAUGGAAGGAAACCAUAAGCCUCCUCUAGACUCAAAAUUUCAAGGAAGAAAUAUUAAUGGAGGAAAAAUUGGAGUGAUGCGUGACCAAGUACAUUCUCAGCAUAACACUCCUGUUGAAUGGGAUGUCAUGUACACUUCUCAAUUAAGUCAGAAACACAAGAAGUAUAAUAGUGGAGUUCUCAGACUCUCAUCUUGUGGUUCCUAUCAAUCUCAGGUCACUCUGCUCACAGAAGAGGGAAACAUACUAGGCCGCAGGUUCCUCAAGUUAUCAGAACAUGUGAAAACUGGAGUUACAUUGAAUCUGCCAAAUUAUUUAGUUGAAGUUGGUGAAAUUCACACAAUCCCAGAAGAACGUCAAAGUGGCGCUUCUUCCCAUAAAGAUAUAGUUUCAAUCACAAAAGGAUUCAGUGUAAACAAUAGCAAGUUCAGUAGGAGUCUCUCUGCUAAGCCUCUUCUUGAAAGUAAGUCAGCAUCUUCCCACAGCCUUGGACAAGCACAAAAGAAAUCUUCGAUGCCAGAGCAAGUGAAUUUGAACAGUAGAAGCUCCAGUCUCGACAAUUCUACAUUGGGCACUGAAGUUGCCAAGAAGCCAAUACGUGCUGCUCAUGAGAUCUUGUCUAUUUUAAAGAAACCCAUUAUUUCUGGUCGCGCUUUAAGGGAAAGUGCAUCUACAGAGGAGAUUGAAACUAAGCAAUCAUCAGAUUGUGCUCGCCUUGAUGUUAAAUUUGGGCCGAAGAAUGAUUUCCACAAGACACUUUGCAAAGAAAGCUCAAUAGAGCACAUAGAUGAAGAAACAAUCACUGUAGAUACCAAAAGUGGCAGGCAUACAGCUGCCGGAUUAGUAUUGCAUCAGAGCUUAACUGGAACUCUAAGCAAGAUUGAUUCAGAAUCGGUCGUCUUCAGAGAAAAUCCAACUGGAGAAACGCCUGCAGCUGCAUAUGAGCCACCCUCUAAUCUAUCCAAGCAGCCCUCCCCUAUCCCACAUGAAACUUCAGUAGAAAUAGGAAUACAAGAUGGAAAAGAAGAGGAAGCAAGUGGAUGCUUGGACAUGAAAAGAGAAGAAAGGUCCUUUAAAUUUGCUGAGGAGGAACUGCAAAAUUGUCAGGAGCCAAAAGAGUGUCAAGUUAAAUUGGUUUGCCACAACGAAUCUCAGUUAAAUGCCCCUGAGUCAGCUGGCCUUUGUGACACUGAAGACAGUUUUGAGCUAGACACAAACACAAUAGAAGAGGGCGAGCUCCUAAGUUUUGAUCUUGGAUUUUGAACAAUACCUAGGACCAGGCAUUCUUCUUCCGCUGCAGAACUUAAUUGGUUUAUCAGUAUACACUUAAAGUAAUAGUAGUUACCAAGUAAUUAGCAGCAUAUUUGAGAACAAAACUUCUCUGACAUCAAUAUAUUGAUUUGACUAAUUUUCAAAUAAGGAAGCCCUCAUAGACUCAGGAAGCCA